GCACUAGUAAUGUUCACUUGUUAGUAAUGCCCUGUUUGCCAGGCUGUUGACCCUCUGUGUUCCCCUCCUGCAGGUUUUAGGAGCCGUUGCUGUGGACGGAGAGACGGGGACGUGAGCGGCCAUAGGGGGUGACCAGGGUGCCGAUGAGCCCCCCAUCUGCUCGGUGUGCGGGCUGAGCUUCGAGGGACUGAGCUUCGGUGGAGGACCACAUGACGGGGCACAACAAGGAGAAGCGUUAUAAGUGCGAUGUAUGUGGCACGGCCUGCUGGAGCCCGAGCCAGCUGGACAUCCACCGGCGGGUGCACACGGGAGACCGCCCCUUCGACUGCUCGGAGUGCGGCAAGAGCUUCACCCAGUCCAGCACCCUGGUGAAGCACCAGCGCACCCACACCGGCGAGCGCCCCUACACCUGUACCCAGUGUGGCAGGGAUUUCAUCGAAUCCAGGCAACUGCUGGUACACCAGCGCACCCACACCGGCGAGCGUCCCUACACCUGUACCACGUGCGGCAAGGGCUUUGCUCAGUCCAGCACCCUGGUGGGCCACCAGCGCACCCACACCGGCGAGCGCCCCUACACCUGUGUCCAGUGCGGCAAGGGCUUCUCCCAGUCCAGCAACCUGCUGGUUCACCAGCGCACCCACACCGAUGAGCACCCCUACACCUGCGCCCAGUGUGGCAAGGGCUUCACCACAUUCGACAGCCUGCUGGUGCACCAGCGCACCCACACCGGCGAGCGCCCCUACACCUGUGCCCAGUGCGGCAAGGGCUUCACCAAAUCCGGCAGCCUGUUGGAGCACCAGCGCACCCACACAGGCGAGCGCCCCUACACCUGCGCCCAAUGCGGCAAGGGC